AUGAAAUUUGAGUAGUGUUGUUCACAGUUGUGUUCUGGCUGUCGGAGAGUGAAGUUAUCGACUCCUGCGCAUCAGGCACAAUGUUCGCCAUACUCGUUGCGACACUACUCGUAUUUUUCGUCGGUUACAUAAUCAAGAGCAUUAUCAAGCCCAGAAAUUUCCCACCUGGUCCAAGAUGGUACCCGUUCAUUGGAUCCAGCAAUGUCGUCCAAAGUAUGACUAAGAAGCACGGCUCGCAAUUUAAAGCACUUUUGGAAUUAUCAAAGGAAUAUUCGACAAAUGUCCUAGGUUUGAAACUUGGGAGGGAAGUUGUGGUCGCCGUUUACGGCGAGAGGAAUGUUCGGCAGAUAUUUACAGAAAAGGCAUUCGAGGGACGGCCUGACAACUUCUUUAUACGGUUGCGAUGUCUCGGCAAAAGAUUAGGCAUAACUUUUGCCGAUGGUCCUCAAUGGCGAAUACAGAGGCAAUUUACUGUGAAACAAUUACGAAACGUUGGUUUUGGGAAAACGCCGAUGGAAAAAGAGAUACAGAAAGAACUACAAAACGUGAUUAGUUAUAUAGAUGCUAAUCGCCAUGAGCCUAUUACUCCUAAAAGCAUAUUUUCUGUCCCCGUUAUGAAUGUGCUGUGGAAGUAUGUGGCAGGGGAAAAGAUACAGCAAGAGAAAUUGACUCGGUUAUUAGAACUGUUCUCCGUGCGGUCGAAAGCUUUCGUUGUUGCGGGCGGGCUGUUAAACCAAAUCCCGUGGUGCAGAUUCUUCAUCCCAAGGAUAAGUGGAUACCAACUUAUAGCUGAUCUGAAUCAACAGAUAUCGGAAAUUAUUGAGGAAGCGAUAGAGAAACAUAAGAACAAAGAAAUACAAGUAGACGAUUUUAUUUACAUGUAUUUAAAAGAAAUGCAAGAUAAUAAGGACACUUUUACAUAUGAUCAAUUGACAAUUAUAUGCCUGGAUAUGAUUAUAGCCGGAGCACAAACGACGGGUAAUUCACUUGAAUUUGCAAUUUUAGCCGCUCUUAGAAAUAGAAACAUACAAGAACGAAUGAUCGAAGAAAUUGACAAAAAUAUAGGUGAUGAACCACCCAGUUACACGGAUUCUGCUAAGUUGGUAUACACUUCUGCGUUUCUACAAGAAGUGCACAGAAUGUACACAAUCGCGCCCGUCGCUGGACCUCGCCGGGCCCUUGAAGACACAAUAGUUGACGGCUAUUUAAUACCCAAAGACGCAACUGUGCUAAUAUCUGUCGGUGAUAUACACAGAGAUCCAGAAUUGUGGCAAGAUCCGAACGAAUUUAAUCCAGAAAGAUUUAUCGACGAGCGAGGAAUAUUGAAAAAUUCAGAACACAUGUACCCCUUCGGAUUAGGUCGCAGACGCUGUCCGGGCGAUGCACUGGCGAAGUCGGCAAUAUUCAUAUUAUUUGUAGGGAUUCUUCAAAAAUAUAGAAUUAGUCCUUGUAAUGGCGUUCUACCAUCUGAUGAAGCCCAGAUCGGCAUCAUAGCUGGUGCGAAACCGUAUAAAGCGAUAUUCUCGCCUAGAAAAUAAAAUAUGGUGUUAUGUCUUCAUACUUGUAAUAGUCUUCAAGUACAGUGAGAAAUGCAUUAAAAUAGUACCCAUUUUUUACCUAGUUCAAAUUAUUUUUUAGUUAAUACUUGUUACACCAAUCAGGUUUUUAACGAUGUUUUUUUUUAUAAUACGUACCUAAUAUAAUGUACAAGCCGAAAAAUAUAUAAAGCAAUUGAGAAAAAGUUAAGUUUUUAAGGACGUAAUGCUUUUUUUAUGUUAUCUGUUUAUAUAUUUUUUUGCUCAAAACUAAUUAUGACAUUUUUGCUGUAAUUUUUUUAUAACGACGGUCACACGACGCCUUAAAUAUGCUAAUAUUAAAUUCACUUCUUGAAAUGUAUCGCUAGAAAACCUUUUAAGUCCACUCUAGUUUAUCUGUAAAUUUUUACCGCCGGCCAAAGGUGUGGGGAUGGUUGAGAUAGCUGUGGUUUCCCACAGAGGAACUACGGUGGGAAACUAUGUUAAUUGAUUUAGUACAUAAUGCAUUAUACUAGUAUUUGACUUGUUGGGUAGCUUUCAUUCUAGUUAGAUAAUUUUUGUUACGAAAAUCUAUACAUAUAAGGUCCAUUUAAGUUCUGUGUUCUUGAAAUGUCCACGCUUUUGAUAGAGUUGUAUUUUUGAAAAACCUUUUUGCAAGACGCCGCCUUAAAUCCUUAUAUAAAUAAAUAAAAUAAAAAAAAUAUUUAUACUUGGUAGUACUUGGAUUA